CUCUUCUGUCAAACCCAAUAGCCAUUGAAAUGGGCUAAAACAAGUUGACUAACACUAAAUUUUCCGUUGACGCACUGAAAAGCCAAACAAAAUCAGAGGGCAAACUAUGUCAGAAGGGCCAGUUGAACAGUAUCAGAUUUAAGGGCACUGAAAUUGAAAGCAAGAGAUGCUGCUGAUGGACGCAUUGUUCAACAGUCUGUUGGUGGUCAGUUCCGGCUAUGCGAUGUACACCCUCCACCCCCUGGAAACGCCCUAUGGUUAUGCAACAGCGGCCUUAAGCCUGGUCCACGGAAUUUUGGGGAUGGUGCGGGCGGCGAGCAACGACGAUGAUGAGUGCAAUCGGGUGCGGCUGAUUACGUCGGGCAUCAUGGAGAUAGUGCCGCUGCCUUUGACCAAUAUCGAGCUCUAUCUGAAGUCCACCAAUCCCAGCCUGGCCUUGGCCCACACCUGUUUUGUGGUGCCAUUGGUCUACGACAUGAUGGCCAAAUGGGCUGACACCGAGGACACCUCCACGGAGACCCUGAAGGAACUCACACUCCUGGGCAACGUCGUCUCCCUGCUUUUCCUGGGCGUCAACCAGUCCAGCAAUCUGUACGGCGGCUUGGCUGCCAUCGCUUUUGCAGCUCGCCACGGUUCUGUUAUCCUCGACUACUACUGGAAGGGACUUGGUGCCGAGUUCAACCUGCUGGCCCACUCCAUGUUUGUCGUCCUGAUGACCAUGACCCUUUCGGCAAAAUGAAGAUCACUGGACCUCCCAGAAGAGAACCUAUUCACAGCCAAGGCCAGUGGAUGGGUUCGUUGGCUUUCAGCUCAAUAAACUUGCAAUUAAUGUUGGCAAAUUAAAAUGCAAAAAUAAA